AUGAGUUUUCUCCUCAAUAAGACAGAGCUCUUAAAUAGUGACUGGGAAAAUGAGAUGGAGGGUAAUAAACAGGGAUUUGCAUUUGUAAUGAACACUGAUCCUUCUAAUGCCAAAGAGGCAAUUACUUGGAUAUAUCAAGCUUCAGUUGCUGGUAACGUUCGAGCUCAGUACCAACUUGCACUUUGUUGGCAUCAAGGUCGUGGGCUCCACCAAAACCUCCAAGAAGCGGCUCGAUGGUAUCUACGAGCUGCAGAAGGGGGGUAUGUGCGGGCUAUGUAUAAUACCUCCUUGUGCUACUCUUCGGGCCAGGUGCGGGUCCAGGCGCACAGAUUAGCAAGGAAAUGGAUGAAAAAGGCAGCUGAGCGUGGUCAUAGCAAAGCACAGUUUGAGCACGGUUUGGGUCUUUUUUCCGAAGGGGAGAUGAUGAAGGCUGUGGUAUACCUGGAGCUUGCAACACGAGCUGGUGAGACUGCUGCCGCUCGUGUCAAAAAUGUUAUCGUUCAACAAUUAUCAGCAACUUCUCAUGAUAGAGCAAUGCAUCUGGCUGACAAUUGGCGUGCUUUGCCUUCAACCCGUUGA